UUCAUAUUUCAUCAACAGAGAUUAGUGUGUAUGGCUAUAUUACUGUACAUGUUCCUCUUCUUCUCAUUUCUGACCCUUUGGGGUCUCUUGAUAAAAAAACACAAGAUACCAAAAGCUGCCCCAUCUCUUCCACCAGGGUCUAUGGGCUGGCCUUAUAUUGGAGAGACUCCUCAACUCUACUCUGAGGACCCGAAUGUAUUUUUUUCUCUGAAGCAGAAAAGAUAUGGAGUGAUUUUCAAAACCCACGUAUUAGGUUGUCCCUGUGUGAUGCUGGCUAGCCCUGAGGCUGCGAGAUUUGUGCUUGUCACUCAUGCUCACUUGUUCAAGCCUACCUACCCCAAGAGCAAAGAGAUACUCAUAGGCCCUUCUGCAUUGUUCUUCCACCAAGGAGACUGUCAUACAAGGAUCAGGAAGCUGGUUCAAACUUCUUUAUCCCCUGAAAGAAUCCGAAAACUUAUUCUUUAUAUUGAAGCCGAGGCUGUCUCUACUAUGGAGUCCUGGGUUUCUGCUGGUCAAGUCAUUAAUGUUUUUCAGAGCAUGAAGAAGUUCUCUUUUAGUAUCGGCAUCCUAUCCGUGUUCGGUCACUUGGACAGCAAUUACAGUGAGCAGCUUAAGGAGAACUAUUGCAUUGUAGAGAAAGGCUAUAAUUCUUUCCCAAACAGGAUUCCAGGAACUACAUAUUCCCAGGCAUUCUCGGCUAGAAGGAGAAUCCAAGAGAUUAUCAGGGAGAUAAUUUGCAAGAGAAAAGAGAAGAGAUUGAUGGAGGAGGACCUUUUGGGUCACUUGUUGAACUACAAGGACGAAAAGGGACAAACACUAACUGAUGACCAAAUUGCUGAUAAUCUAGUUGGGGUUCUAUUUGCAGCUCAGGACACUACAGCUAGUGUUCUGACAUGGAUUCUGAAGUAUCUCCAUGAUCACCAUAAGCUUCUUGAAGCAAUAGCAGAUGAGCAAAUGGCCAUUUAUGAAGCUAAUGAUGGAGGGAAGAAACCCUUGACAUGGGGCCAGACCAGAACGAUGCCACUUACUUACAGCGUGAUACUGGAAAGCUUGAGGAUGGCAAGCGUCAUAUCUUUCACCUAUAGGGAAGCAACGAUUGAUGUAGUGUACGAGGGGUAUCUCAUACCAAAGGGUUGGAAAGUGAUGCCAUUGUUCAGGAACAUCCAUCAUAAUCCAGAAUAUUUCCUCGAUCCUCACAAUUUUGACCCAUCAAGAUUUCAGGUUGCACCAAAACCCAAUACUUUUAUGCCAUUUGGAAAUGGAGCGCACUCUUGUCCUGGAAAUGAGCUUGCCAAGCUGAACAUGCUGAUUUUAAUUCACCACUUGGUAACCAAAUUAAGGUGGGAGGUGGUAGGACGUCACGGUGGAGUACAGUAUAGCCCAUUUCCAGUUCCUCUGCAUGGUCUUCCUGCAAGAUUUUGGAUGAGCCACUAGUCUCAACAUAAUGAAAUUAUAUCGUAUCUUGGAAGAAUGACAUUUAAGGAUUUAUAACUAAUUAUAUUGAAAUUCAAAACCUUAAAAAUAAAAUUCUUCCUAAGCACUACAAGAAUAAGUUACUACAAGUGCAUUUCCAGAAUAUCACUCGUCAUGAAGCUGUAAACUUCCAGAGAGCAGAAGAGAACUUAGAAUUCGUAGGUUUCUUUAAAUGACUUGAGAGAACAUGAAUUAUAAAUUUAACUCCUAAAGAAAAAUUCUGAUUUUUAGGGUCAUUAAUUGUCAACAUUUGAAGUUAUGAAUUCUUAAGUGUCAUUUUUCCUGGUAUCUUCUUUAAUUAACUAGGCACAAGUGUUUUUCUUCAUCAAGGUUCCAUUCUAAUAGUCUUGUCGCCUUUCUGAGAAGCCCCAUAUCUAUAACAUUUUAUCAUAAGGGCAGGGUGCCGUAAUGUGUACGAUAUUUAAGUUAAUAGAUAGAUUAUGCUGUAGUAAAAUCAAAUGCUAAUUAUCAUUUUUUUUUUAACUGUACCAGGAAGUUCUAAAAUCAUCUGUAAUUCGAGCAUAUAACUCAAGCAUUCAUACUUUUAUAACUGCUGCACACACGAGUUCUAAUAUAAUAUGGAACAGUACAGGCGCAAAUAUAGUACAUGAUUUAUAAUUUGAGAUUCAGGAACGUAUUUAACAAUAAAGAUCACGGACAGCAUCAAUAGGAUUAUCUCAAUCUACAUGGUACAAUUAACAGUUCAUAAACCAUGGCAUUGAGCCAACUGAUAAAAGAGCUUCCUGUGAUGAACUAAACUCCUAUUCUACAACGAUUCUUUCCCUUGGUCUCUACAGAAGUCAUUUGCUGGCAUUGAGAACUUUAACUGCGGAACAUUUUGCUUCUGGAAUGUUGACCUGAUUUAUACAUUGAAAUUUAAGCCUUUGGUUAUUAAACAUAAAAAAUAAAAAAUAACAAAUAACAAAGCCUUUAUCACACUAUUUUAUCAGUCUCAACUGAGAGGUGGUUGUUGCCUAGUGAUUAGUUAAGCCUUUCCUUGAGUCAAGAUUCUAGAUAAUGGCCACAGUCUAAAAGCAUUCAGAAGAUUGGAUUAAUUUAUUGAACAGAGAAGACAUGCACCAACGUGCAAAAUUAAUUUGUUGAUUAUAGAAGACACUCCAUGCGGAGUCAUAUUACUGAGUACAACAACUUAACAAAACCCGUAAGGUAAGUUGUUGACAGCAUAAUAUGGAUAUGCGAAAUCAAUGCUGAACAUUUCUAACAGUACUCUGAAGAACAUAGAGCACAAUCCAUGGGGAGGUAAGCUAGACGUGCAAAGUCACUCGAAAUAGCCAAAAUUAUAUGUGAGGUAGCGUGGAAGUGAAUACACUAGUGUGUAGGGACUCGCUACAAGAACAUGGAAUCACCAAUGCGAAGUUGAAAUUGAAAGUUCUGUGCACAGUACAUAAGCAUU